AUGCCUACUGCACCAUAUUGGGGCGAUCUGUCAGGCCCCAAGGCGGCCAGACGCCAGCGUCGCCAGUCGGAAGACUUUAGUCUCCCGGAUCGCAUGUCACCAGACCUGGGGGGGCCCUCAACCGCCCCGGCUGCGACAGACAAACCUCUUCCUCCUCAUCCCACAAAGUCAAACCGCACCUCAAUGCAGACCACCAACACCGAGGCUGCCACCGAGUCGACACUCAGUCCAUACGCCUCGCCCACUGCCUCCAACUUCGCCGAUCAAGGCCUGGCCCCGCGCCCACCAACCUUCCCAUACGGCGAGUCUCAAUACCCAGACAACCAGGCUGAGAGGCGCCAGCGAAGACGCAGAGAGCGCAACAACGAGACCGAAGGCGAGGGCGAGGGCGAGACAGAUCGCGAGUACCUCUCCGGCCCGACGCCUCCCUCCGCCCCUGACGUGCCCAAGGCCCCGCCAGUGAGCUUUAGACAUCCCUACGGCAAUGCUGGCCUGCCGUACGUACAUACAUCCCCAGGACCAACUCGCCUUCCGCGACAGCCCAGUCCGCUGGUGAACCCGGACGACGAGAUGAACCCUGAAGAGUACUAUAAGAACCCUGCGCCUGAAGAAAGCCAGCAGCAGCAGGACUACCCGCCUCUCGACCGCUCGCAGCGCACGCUCGAAACUGUCGCCGACACGCGGCCGCCUCGAGACCCUCGCGAUCCUCAGAGUUCCUCGAGGAGGAGAUCCACGGGCGGGCCUGGCAGAGAUGCGCAAGGGCGAAAGGCGUCAGUGGGAGGAGGACCUAGCAGAAAGUUCGCCAACGACCGCUCUCCACUCCAGAGGCUUGAGCUGACGCUCGAUAGCAUCACCAAAGAGGAGAAGCGAGCUCGUGUUGAGGCCGCUGAGCGUCGCGCCAGGGAGAAGGCUGCGGUGAAAGCUGCUCGGAACCCAGAUCUCUUGCAACCUCCCGAAGUCACACAGCGGGCGCCGCCGCAGCACCGGCAGGAAUCUCUGCCCAAGCAAGAGCCUCAACGACCCCUCCCAGAGCCGCCUCGACAACCCCAACAGUCCCUACCCGAAGUGCAACAGGUCCAGCAUGUACCGGUCCAGCAAGUGCAGGUGCACCAGGCCCCGGCCCAGCAGGUACGGUUCCGAGACGACGGGGUCGACGAUGACCGUAGAGGACAACAGGCCAAUGUUGCCGCUCCACGCGGAGCCCCGGUGCAAUACUACCACGAAGAUGACAGAAGAUAUGCGCCGCGCCAGUCGCUCGAUGACAGGCGACAACAACCACAGUAUGUGCCUGAAAGCCACAGGCGCCAUGCGUCUGGGCCAUACCCGCCAAGAGGACCUUCUAUGGCUACCGUCGAGCCGAAGCAUCCUCCCGAUUCGUCCGGCGUUCCGCAGAGAAGCGUCAGCCUUCGCGAAGCGUCUCGCGAGCCGCCUGCGUCAAGUGCGGGGAUUCCUAAGCGCAACCUGAGCUUCCGCGAGCGCGCCGCAAAGAAUGAUAUGAAGCUGCCGCAAGCUGCGGAGGAACCUCGGGACGCAGAGGCAAGUCCACAGCCCACGCCACCUGUCUCCGGCUCUCGGCGGCCUAGUUUCUCUCUCACCAGAAGCGGGAGCAACAAGCUGAAGAAGCAGCCGAAGGGCGAUCCGUGGUUCAACGUCCGGAAGGAAGCGGAGAAGAAGUACGAAAAUAUUGAGUUCCGGAACGCCGCUUUGGAUCAGUCUGCGGCAGAAAAGGGCGGCCCUCCUGUGCAAAGAUCCAUGUCACAUGCUGGGCGCGAACAGGCAUUACCCUCGGAUGCACCGUCGGAGGAAGUCAGACGAGCCGGGAUGUCUAGUAAGGCUGCGCGGUUAAUUGGUAUUGACUUCGGCGGAGUUCAACGUCGGUCUACCGCCCCAGCGGCUCAGCAACAUGACUACGACGAGUCCGAUGACGAUGACCCUCGAUAUAACAAUCCUCGCGGUGCGCCUGUAGCCCCGCGCGGGAACAGUGAUAACGAUCACCGGGCAAUCCAAGCGCAAGCCGGGGCGCGCGGAAGACCCAGCGACAGGGAAUACUACUCAGAGGAUGAUGGGUUCAGCGACGACUCUCGGGAUCUGUAUCCUGCAAAGAAGACAUUCCGCCCGGGCGAAGGCAUUUACAAGCCGCCUGUGUAUCUUGACGAGUGGAAGAAGGCAACAGUCGGCAGCCUGUCUGGUGCCAUGCUGGACCUCAGUGACGAACGGCUCGCUUCGUUGGAUCAGGACACUCCCUGGUGGGAGGGCGGCAAGCGCAGAGGCAGCACCUCACGGCCACGCAAGGCGGAAGCCUUUGAUGGCGAGUACGAUGACACACACGAAACCCCAGCCCCUACACGGUUUAAGCCGCCGUUGUUUCUCAAGUGCGGUCCGCUUUUGAGAUAUUGCGGACUGAAGCAUGAAAAGGUUCCCGCUCGCAACAGGAACACUGCCGUUAAUGAGAGAACGAUCUGGCGUGGUUCGGUGAUGAUUGUCACGCUGGACAGCGACUCUUCGUACGAGAUUGCGCCGACCCUGAGACUUUUCGUGCAGCCCAUUGAGCUGCUCCCCCCUCCGCCCCAGGAGAUCUCAGGUGAGCAGGGGCUGCCGCCGGAAUACGUGGAUCCGAUCGCCGGAAUCCCGAAGCUGGGCAGACGAGGAGAGACCCUUUACGUCCGUCCAGUCGAGCACCUCGAGGAGGCUAAGGACCUGUCCAGAGAUGAGACAGACAACGGCCUUUUCGAGAAGACCAGAAGCCCAUCUGACUACACCCCAGUAGACGGCUCGCCCGAUUUGCCUGGGUCCUUUGCCAGCCGCCGAAAGCGCGUAGAAAUCGAUGGGGAGAAGGUUUCCAAGUACAAGGACGUGCGCGGUUUCCGGCUGCACGCGGAGCGAGGAUGCACAUUCUGGCGCUUCAACAUCGAGAUUGAGCUCCGUGAGAACCAGCAGCGGAUCGCAUACCGGAUCAACAGAGGUCCCGCGAUGGGCUUUUGGGUCCCUGCCCUCGGGGAUUCCAUGAACAUCAUGUUCCACAGCUGCAACGGGUUCAGUGCUAGCGUCAACCCUGACGACUUCAGCGGCCCCGACCCCAUGUGGCGCGACGUCCUCAACACCCACCAGUCACAGCCUUUCCACGUCAUGAUUGGCGGCGGUGACCAGAUCUACAACGACUGCUUGAUGGAUCAGAGCAAGCAGUUCCGCGAGUGGCUGAUGAUCAAGAACCCUCUGCAUAAGCAUAACUCACCUUUUACGCCAACAAUGCAGGACGAACUGGAGCGGGCCUACCUCGAGCGGUACUGUAUGUGGUUCUCUCAGGGUCUCUUCGGCCUGGCCAAUUCCCAGAUACCCAUGGUCAACAUGUGGGAUGAUCACGACAUCUCGGACGGCUUCGGCUCGUAUGCCCAUCACGAUAUGAACUCGCCAGUGUUCUCUGGUCUCGGCAACGUUGCUUACAAGUACUACAUGCUGUUCCAGCAGCAGAGCAUCCCCACGGAGACGGAGGCUUCUGAGCCCAGUUGGGUCCUCGGCAGCACACCUGGGCCUUACAUCAACGAGUUGAGCCGCAGUUUGUUUGUGGAGUUGGGCUCCAAGAUUUCUCUGCUGGCUGUUGAUGGCAGAACAGAGCGGACAGAGCUCGACGUAGUCAGCGAGCCUUCAUGGCAGAGAAUCAUGGACCGUUGCUACGACGAGCUGAGGAAUGGGCGGACCGAACACCUACUGGUGCUGCUCGGUGUCCCGAUAGCCUACCCCAGGUUGGUGUGGUUGGAGAAUAUUCUUACAUCGAGAGUGAUGGAUCCCGUCAAGGCUCUGGGCAAGCUCGGUAUGCUCGGCAAUACUCUGAACCAUAUUGACGGCGGCGUCGAAGUGCUCGACGACCUGAACGACCACUGGACUGCCAAGAACCACAAGAAGGAGCGGACCGUCGUCCUACAGGACAUGCAGGACCUGGCGGCAGACAAGUCCGUGAGAGUCACAUUCCUCAGCGGCGAUGUCCACCUCGCUGCCGUCGGCCAGUUCUACGCCAAUCCCAAGCUUGGAUUGCCCAAGCACAAGGACUUCAGAUACAUGCCCAACAUCAUCUCUUCGGCCAUCGUCAAUACUCCGCCUCCUGAUCUCAUGGCGGACAUUUUGAACAAGCGUAACAAGAUACACCACUUUGACGAAUCAACCGAGGAAGACAUGAUCCCUCUGUUCCAGCACGGUAUCGAUGGCAAGGCGAGAAACAACAAGCACCUGUUGCCUCAUCGCAACUGGUGCUCCAUCCGGGCGUGGACUCCCGGCACUACGCCGCCGCCCACCCCGCCGCUGUCGGCUUAUGAUAGAAGCCCGAGCCCACCGGCGAGCCGUGGUCUUCUGAGACGGUUUUCGUCGAAUCGCGGCCCUGCAUAUCGCCCGGAUAUUCAGCGGGAUACCCGCGACGAGUCACGGUCACGGCCCCCGAUAUCCAACAAGGGCAAGACUGGCGGUCUGUUCCGCAGUCUUUCUCGCAGCAACUCGACCGACGGAGGUCGACCUACUGAGCCCUCCAAGCCAAAGCGCUCAAUGUCGUUGACUCGCAACUUCUUCAGUCGCCGGGGCAGCAAGAAGUCGAAACCCGACGACGGUGGUAUAAACGGUCAGUGGGGAGACGAAGACAGGGACGACGAGAGUGUGGACGACGGGUUCUACGGGUACGAAGACGAAUACGACCGCGGGCCGGCGCCUAAGUCCAGGGGCAUGGGUCUUCGGGGCGGCGGCGACGAUGAGUACCAGACUGGCGAUGACUCUUACUUCACAGCUCGUCCGGCAGCGCGGAUGAGCGGGGCCCCUAACAAGGCAGUCCCCCGGACCCAUGCCGAGUUCCAGCCCGGCGACGAAUCCCACUUUUCUGCCCGCGCGCCGGCUCGUUCUUACACUAUGGGCGAUGAACGCCAGGUUCCUAGGUCGCAAGACUCGCUGGCGCGCCCGAAACCAUUCCACCGUACUCCAACGGGGUUGUCGGCCAAGCAGAAGAAGAUGGAUGGCUUAGAAGUGGACCUCGAGGGUGGUUUGGAUAUUUGCCUGAACGUUGAGGUCAACCAGAAGGAUCCUGCCGGCAUCACAGUGCCAUACCGGCUCCUCGUGCCCCGUCUCGUUUGGGAUGACGCCCGAGAGGCCGCCAAUCUGCAGCCGCCUGCUCCGGCAGGCUUCAAGCGGCUGUUCAGUUUGAAGAAGAAGGAGGCCGGUGUCGUGCCACCUCAGGGUCUGGCGUCCGAGGGCCAGUUUGAGGAACCUGUCAAACAGCAGCAACCGGCACCUCCCGCCGGACGGGAGCCCGUCUAUGAUGCGCCCCCCAGAAAUGCGAGGUACGAAUCGCCGGGGGGGUAUGAUUCAGCCCGUACGCACGACUCGUCUGGGCGAUACAAUUCGCCCGCGAGGUACGAGACGCAAAGUGCCAGACAAGGGAGAUGA